CUGCGCACUAGGCGUGAGGGAGGUGGAGAGGCCUGGCAGGUCCCAUUGUUUUGUGGGGGGCGGAGGCGCUUGUGCUGGUUCGGCUGCGGAUGGAGCCGGAGGCGCUGGCCGUGGUGGAUGGCGGCGGGGCCGGGUCGGCUCCUGGCCCCGUGGGCGUCCCCCCAGGGCUCUCAGUGUCGCAGCGCCGGGCCGAGCUCCGGCGGAGGAAGCUGCUGAUGAACUCGGAGGAGAGACUCAACCGCAUCAUGGGCUUCCACCGGCCGGGCGGGCUGAAGGAUGAUGAAAGUCACACAGAAUCAAAACUUCAACAUGAGCAAGAUAAAUCGAACUCCCUCCCUAUCCCUGCAGUUUCAAAGCGAAUUGUGCUUGGUGAUUCUGUCUGUAAUUUGGCAGGAACAUCUGACCACACAAGUGGCAUUAUAGAGCUCAAGGGAGAUAAGAAGGACUUGUUCAGUAAAACUCCCGAGCUCGGUAACAAUGGUACCAGUGAGCUCCGGCAUCGUAGCAGAGGGGAUCUGACAUCAGAAGCUUCACAGAGAGCACCUCGGCAUGGAUUAGAUCAAUACUUAUCAAGAUUUGAUGAAGCUAUGAAGCUAAGAAACCAGCUGAUAAAUGAGAAGCCUAGUCAAGAGAAUGGGAAUGCAGUGGAGGAAUUUGAUUCUUUUCGCAUUUUUAGAUUGGUGGGAUGUGCGCUUCUUGCCAUAGGAGUUAGGGCUUUUGUGUGCAAGCAUUUGUCAAUAUUUGCACCAUUUCUUACUCUACAACUUGCAUAUAUGGGACUGUCCAAAUAUUUUCCAAAGAUGAUGUGCGUGAGAUGUUCGAGCUAACAGAAUUUUUCCCCUCAGUGUAAACUGAACCUUAGGCCUUCAUUUUCAAGGUCACUGAAUUCACUUACUAAUAACUGUUUAAAUGUAGGGCAAAAAUCAAGGUGGAAGACUUUGAAAUGUGAGGAUUUAUUUACAUGCCUAACUUCCUGUUCAUCAAUAGGAAACUGUAUCCCUUGUUUUAUAUAUCUGCACUGGUUAAUUACAAUUAAGUGACUGCUUAGCUGAUGUCUUUGUCAGCCUACAUUGUAAGGGAAGGUCAACUAAUUCUUGAUUCAUAGUUUAAAAUUCUAAUGUUCCUUUUCAAAGGAAUAGUAGAUUAAUUAUCGGCCAUAGGAAUAAAUGAGUGGUUGGGCUUUCUUAGGUACGUAUGUAAUUGAAAACAGUGAACUUUCAAGAAGUCAUUCUAAACUGAUCUGCAGAAAAUGCCAGACAGUGUAUUAAGGGGAUCCAUCCUGGAUUAGAGCACCUGGACUAGAUCACUCAUUAGAUUUUUUUAGCUUUAGUUUCCAUGAUUCUAAAUUCAGUUAUUUAACUGUAAUAUUUUAAGAUGUGACUUUUUUGAAUUUGAAAAUAAUAUGCUUGCUGACAACAUUUACCGUUCAUUGUGUAUGUUGCAAUGAUACUUUAAACCACAGGCCUAUCAACCCAUCUCUGGGCUAGCUAAGUGGAAAGUAGAGCUUUCCUGGCACAUUUUGAGAGGAGAUGGGCAAAUCCCUUUCUCUCAUUUUAAGUAUAAUGAUUAAUCUUGUGUGAGCUAAUUGCUUAGUAAAUAAUUACUAAUACUUGCGCAGGUCAUUCUGCUAUCAGUGUCCAUUUUUGUUGCUUUGUAAAAACCUUGGGAUACCAUGAGUAUAAGAUUGUGUUUUAAAUAUUCAUAAAUGGCUUGGUUUACCUAUACUUACAAUAGUACGUUGCAAUACUAAACCGUAAUAGAUCACAACAUUUUGAAAUUUCACACAACUUAAUAUUGCCUUCCCAAAAAUGAGUGUCAGUAUAAAGUGCCGAACAGACAUCUAUUCUAGAAUUUAGGACCCUUGACAAAUAAUUUAAACCACAACCUGUAACACAGAGAGUAGCCAAUUCACCCAUCCUACAAAAACCUUAACCUUACAGUCUCAGCCCUUUCCUAUUGCUUGUUCUAAGAGAUGGAAUUGUCGAGACCUCCUAAUGGUCAACAGAUUCAAACUAUUUCAGACCACUGAGAAGGGAGUGAAUUUGAAGAUGGUCAUGUCCCUUCUUAAGAGACCUCUGCAGCAGUUCCAUUUAGAAAACUGAUGGAGCACCAGCGUGAUCACCUGUGCUGAUGAUAUCUGAAGCAAUAUUGAAUGGGGAGAGAGAAGUGCCAUGCUAUUUGUGGCUUAUUAGGUCAAAACCAGCAUCUUGAACUUGACCCAGAAACCAGCCUGAUAGCCAGUGUUUGUGUGUUCAUGGAGGGAGAAGCUGCUUAGCAAGUAAGCUGCUGCAUUCUAUGCUAGCUGUUGCCAAAUGCAUUUAAGAUGUAGCCAUAAAUAGAGCACACUAUCAUAAUCUAAUUUAGAGAUGAUAAAGGCAUUAAUUACAGUAGCAGGGUUGCAUCAAGAGAUGGUUACACUCUAACCAGAAAAAUAUGGGGUGGGGGUAAGCAGUUUUGAUCAUCAUUGUUGGAAUUAUCCAGAAGCAACUGUUAAUAUAACAAGACUACUGAUUGCACCCUUGAGUAACAACCAGUGAGGACAAACAAUCUGAUUAGUCUUUGUUAUAGCUCCUGGCUUCUUGCCCCAGCUGGUCAUAAAGGGUAUAAAACUGAGGUAAACUAGCUUGCUCUCCUCAUGCACCGGUCUCAAUCAGACACAGAAAGAUGCUUGAUCACGCUAUGGGUUGGAUGACAUGAAAAUGCAAAGUAGGUAUUGUCCACUCCAUGUCUCCUUGCUAGCUGUCUUUUCAGCUCUCUGUGCAUAGUAGAAACCUGCGGGAUCCCACAUGAGAUCAUCCUCAGAGCAGAAAAGCACCCUCCCAAAACUGCUCCCUGGGAUCUCUGAAAAAAAAGAAUAAAACAAUCAAGUAGCAGUCCCAGCUGCUCUUGCUGGAGUCCACAUGUGGGGUCAGGUUUUAAACUAAAUAAUUUUUCUGCAUUAGAAAAGGAUCAAGAUCUCAGAUUCCCAAGAGGACAUGAUCAAAUUGAUCUUAACUCAGUAAUACAAGUGAAGACAGUCCCAGCCCUGAAGAGCUUACAGUUCAAAAUAAGCAUGGGCUGUAGCCCACGAAAGCUUAUGCUGAAAUAAAU